UCCAGUGUGUUAUUUAAGCGGCCAGGACCAGGAUGAGGAUUCUCUCUCCCGCGCCGUGCGAGCAGAGAGAUGAGAAAUGAGGACUCGUUCUCCCUCACAUGAGAAACAUGACCUGCGUGAGGCGUGAAGGCGCCAUGAAAGAUCUCAGCUGUGGAUUUGUCUCCUCACCAUGCACGGUCUGAGCCAAACCGUGGUCUUCCUUUUGUGCCUGCUGGCCAGCGGGGAAUGCCGGAAGAACCGACACCGGAUGCCCAGAUGGACCGGAGCUCUGGACACGCAGAAACACGGCACCUCCUUGGCAAAGAAACCUCCAGAUGUGACCAAGUCCCGCAAAAUGAAGACGGAGCAUCUCAUCAAAGUAGAUGACCACGACUUCACCAUGAGACCAGCGUUUGGAGGUCCUGCCAUCCCUGUGGGUGUGGAUGUCCAGGUGGAAAGUUUGGACAGCAUCUCUGAAGUUGAUAUGGAUUUUACCAUGACUCUGUACCUGAGGCAUUAUUGGAAGGACGAGCGGCUGUCAUUCACCAGCAGCACCAACAAGAGCAUGACCUUCGAUGGGCGCCUUGUGAAAAAGAUCUGGGUCCCCGAUGUCUUCUUUGUCCACUCCAAGAGGUCCUUCAUCCACGACACCACCACAGACAACAUCAUGCUGCGUGUCUUUCCCGAUGGACACGUCCUUUACAGUCUCAGAGUGACCGUCACGGCAGCUUGUAACAUGGACUUCAGUCGCUUUCCUCUGGAUUCUCAGACGUGUUCACUGGAGUUGGAGAGCUACGCAUACACAGAUGAAGACCUGAUGCUGUACUGGAAAAGUGGAGAUGAGUCGCUAAGUACCGAUGAUCGCAUUUCCUUGUCACAGUUCCUCAUCCAGAAGUUCCACACCACAUCUCGCUUGGCCUUCUACAGCAGCACAGGCUGGUACAAUCGCCUCUACAUCAACUUCACACUCAGACGCCACAUCUUCUUCUUCCUGCUGCAGACGUAUUUUCCAGCCACACUGAUGGUGAUGCUGUCAUGGGUGUCCUUCUGGAUCGACCGGCGGGCCGUGCCAGCCAGAGUUUCCUUGGGUAUCACCACGGUGCUAACCAUGUCCACCAUCAUCACCGGCGUCAAUGCAUCCAUGCCGCGAGUGUCGUACAUCAAAGCUGUGGACAUUUACCUCUGGGUCAGCUUCGUCUUUGUCUUCUUGUCCGUCUUGGAGUACGCUGCUGUCAACUACCUGUCCACCGUCCAGGACCGCCGUGAACGCAAAAUGAGAGAGCGAGCACAAUCCCAGUCACUGCCCUGCACAUGCGGCAUAUCCCAGACCAGAACCAUGGCCAUGCUGGACGGCGGCUACAGCGAGGCCGACACCAACAGCCUGGCGGGCUACACCGAAGAGCCGGUGGUGCCAGAGGAGGAAGACAUGCGUGAGGUUCCGGAGAAGGCGGAACACAUGGUGGUUCAUCUGUCAGUGAGCAGCGAGUCCACCGCCACCAAGAAGAAGAAGAGCCUUCGUGGUCUCAACAUCAUCCAGAACACACACGCCAUUGACAAAUACUCACGCAUGAUUUUCCCUGGAUCCUAUAUCUUCUUCAACCUCAUCUACUGGUCCGUCUACUGCUGAUUCCUACCCACACUAUGCUCUACCUUACCAUGCUGGAUUCGCUACUACCAAGUAGUGUUAGGGUUCUUAUCGACAACUUUUCUACCAAAUGUCUGCUGCUUUGUGUUAAGGAAGCUUUUCUACGCAAAUGGCAUCUAUCCCCUGGAAGCAACGUCAAUGUCUACCGACUGAUAUCAUCAUCAUCGUAUCUACCAACUCAUAUCAUUAUGUCUACCAGCAGAUAUAAUCAUCAUAUCUACCAGCAGAUAUCAUCAUCAUGUCUACCAACUGAUAUCAUCAUCAUGUCUAGCAACUGAUAUCAUCAUAAUCGUAUCUACCAACUCAUAUCAUCAUCAUCAUAUCUACCAACUCAUAUCAUUAUGUCUACCAACAGAUAUCAUCAUCAUAUCUACCAAAUGAUAUCAUUAUCAUGUCUACCAACAGAUAUCAUCAUCAUAUCCACCAACUGAUAUCAUUAUCAUGUCUACCAACUGAUAUCAUCAUCAUCAUAUCUACCAACAGAUAUCAUCAUCAUAUCCACCAACUGAUAUCAAUAUCAUGUCUACCAGCAGAUAUCAUCAUCAUGUUUACCAACUGAUAUCAUCAUCAUAUCUACCAACUGAUAUCAUCAUCAUGUCUACCAGCAGAUAUCAUCAUCAUGUCUACCAGCAGAUAUCAUCAUCAUAUCCACCAGCAGAUAUCAUCAUCUUAUCUACCAUCUGAUAUCAUCAUCAUCAUCAUGUCUACCAGCAGAUAUCAUCAUCAUGUCUACCAACUGAUAUCAUCCUCAUAUCUACCAACUGAUAUCAUUAUCAGGUCUACCAGGAGAUAUCAUCAUCAUAUCCACCAGCUGAUAUCAUCAUCAUAUCUACCAGCCGAUAUCAUCAUCUUAUCUACCAACUGAUAUCAUCAUCAUAUAUACCAACUGAUAUCAUCAUCAUGUCUACCAGCAGAUAUCAUCAUCAUAUCUACCAACUGAUGUCAUCAUGUCUACCAACCCAUAUCAUCAUCACAUCUACCAACAGAUAUCAUCAUCAUGUCUACAAGCAGAUAUCAUCAUCAUGUCUACCAACCCAUAUCAUCAUGUAUACCAACAGAUAUUAUCAUCACAUCUACCAACAGAUAUCAUCAUGUCUACCAACUCAUGUCAUCAUGUCUACCAAUAGAUAUUGUGUCUACCAGCAGAUAUCAUCGUGUCGAUCAGCAGAUAUUGGGUCUACCAACAGAUAUCAUCGUGUCUAUCAACAGAUAUCAUCGUGUCUACCAGCAGAUAUCAUCAUGUCUACCAGCAGAUAUCAUCAUGUCUACCAGCAGAUAUCAUCGUGUCUAUCAGCAGAUAUCAUGUCUACCAACAGAUAUCAUUGUCUACCAACAGAUAUCAUGUCUACCAGCAGACAUCAUGUCUACCAGCAGAUAUCAUUGUGUCUACCAGCAGAUUUGAUUUUCCCGUUGAAAACGUUCCAACAUCAACAUUUUCCUCAUUCCAAACCUUCCCAGUUUUGCCAUCGUUUGCUCUUCAGCAUUGACACACAUUUUCUCCACAGCCGCUUUCUCUGCUGAUGUUUAACGUUUCAUCUUCAUUUAGUCUUAUUAAGAAUAUUGAUCAGCUAUUGAUGGCUUUUUAUUGUCUAGCUAAAAUAUGACCUGACUGACCUUGCUGUAUCGCAAAGACAAUAGAUUUCUUUUAGGCCAGGAUGCAACAUUGUUGUAGAAGAAUUUCAGCCAUAUUUGUAUUUUUCAUAUCUACCCAAGCCGAUUGUUGAUUGGCUAGAAGCAUUACAGAGCAAUAAAAAGAAGCGACAACAAAGAGUUUUCUAUUAGAGUCUUACUUGGACACGAGACACAGGAAGCCAAUGACCUGGCUUGUCAGGACAUGAUGGAUGAUUGACAGGAUGACACCUGGACUCUUCAUGCUGUCCAAAGCUCACAACCAGACAUACCAUGAUUUGGUUGUGCAACUUGUAAGUGUGUAUCACUCAUGAUAUCUGAGGUAAAGGUGACUAUAGGGGUGUUAUUUCAUGUCUAGGGGGCUCUAAUUAUGUUAAAGAGUGUAUUUAGAAGGUGGUCAAAAGAUUUUCUAUGUCUUGUUUUCUCUUAUGAUGUCUACUAUAUUGGCUAAUAUGAGUUUAAAGGUGACUAUAGGGGUGUUAUUUCAUGUCUAGAGGGCUCCAAUCAUGUUAAAAAGUGUAUUUAGAAGGUGGUAAACAGGUUUUUUAUGUCUUAUUUUCUCUUAACAUGUCUACUAUAUUGGCUAAUAGGAGUGUAAAGGUGACUAUAGGGGUGUUAUUUCAUGUCUAGAGGGCUCUAAUGUUAAAAAGUGUAUUUAGAAGGUGGUAAACAGGUUUUCUAUGUCUUAUUUUCUCUUAACAUGUCUACUAUAUUAGCUAAUAGGAGUGUAAAGGUGACUAUAGGGGUGUUAUUUAAUGUCUAGUGGGCUCUAAUCAUGUUAAAAGGUGUAUUUAGAAGGUGGUAAACAGGUUUUCCAAGUCUUGUUUCUCUUAUUAUUUCUACUCUAUUGGAUAAUUGGAGUGUAAAUAUGACUAUAGGGGUGUUAUUUCAUGUCUAGAGGGCUCUAAUCAUGUUAAAAAGUGUAUUUAUAAGGUGGUAAACAGGUUUUCUAUGUCUCAUGUUCUCUUAUGACGUCUUCUAUGUUGGCUAAUAGGAGUGUAAAUGUGACUAUAGGGGUGUUAUUUCAUGUCUAGAGGGCUCUAAUCAUGUUAAGAAGUGUAUUUAGAAGGUGGUAAACAGAUUUUCCAUGUCUUAUGAUGUCCACUAUAUUGGCUAAAAGGAGUGUAAAGGUGACUAUAGGGGUGCUAUUUCCAUGUCUAGAGGACUCUAAUCGUGUUAUAUUA